AUGUUUCAGGACGCGGUGGUCUUUGCGGAUGUGGCUGUGUACUUCACCCCAGAAGAGUGGGCUUUGCUGGAUCGUGGUCAGAGGAGGCUCUACAGAGAUGUGAUGCUGGAGACCUGCAGGAACCUGGCCUCACUGGAUUGUUGCAUUCAAGUUAAGCCUUGUGGAUCAGGGACUCAGCUGAAUAUUUUGGAGAAUGAACUAUCCAGUGAAGACAAAAUUGUAAGAUUUACAAGAAAUGAUUCCUGGGCUCUUUUUGGAGAAAACUGGGUGUUUCAUCACAUUGGAGAUCAGUCCCAAUCCCAGGAGAGGUGUUUGAGAAAUCAUUUGGUGGAGCAUGUCUGUGAAAGCAAUGAAGAUAAUCAAUGUGGAGAUACCAUAAACCAGAUUACAAGUCUUAGUGUGCAUGAGGCUUGUCCUACUGGAGACAAAUCCUGUAAAUGUGCUAAGUGUAGAGAAGCCUUCACAGGUGGUUCUUUCCCUGAGAAUCCACAAAGAUCUCAGCCUGGACACAAACCUAGUCCCUGUGAAGAAUGUGGGCCAGCCUGUAGCUGUGUCUCGAGGCUCAGCACUCACAUGGACACGGACCUUGUAGAGAAACCCUAUGAACAUCAGGACACUGGGAGAGCAUCAAAGAGAGACUUGAAGAGUCUCGGUAGUAAAAAAUCUUUAGAGUGCAAGAAGUGUGGAAAAGCUUUCACUUGCACCUCAUCCUUUCAGGGUCAUGUAAAGGGUCACUGUGGACAGAGAGUCCAUGCGUGUGAUGUGUGUGGGAAAGCUUUUAUGUAUCAGUCCUACCUUAGACGUCACGUGAGAACUCACACUGGGGAGAGACCCUAUGAAUGUGUGGAAUGUGGGAAAGCCUAUAGCUGCCUCUCGUAUUUUCGAGAACACGUGAGAACACACAGUGGCGAUAAACCCUACGAAUGUAAGCAGUGUGGGAAGACAUUCAAGUAUCCCACGUCCCUGCAAGGACACAUGAUGACACACACUGGAGAGAGACCGUACCUGUGUCAGCAAUGUGGGAAAGCCUUCAGUUGUCCCAAAUACUUUAGAAGACACGUGAGAACGCACAGUGGACUGAAACCCUAUGAAUGUACAUUAUGUGGGAAAGCCUAUAGUUGUUCCUUAUCUCUUCGAGAACAUGUCAGAACACACAGCGAAGAGAGACCUUAUGAAUGUCAGCAGUGUGGGAAGGCUUUCAGACAUCCUCGAUAUUUCCAGAGACAUGUGAGGAUGCACAGUGGAGUGAAGCCCUACGAGUGUAAGGAGUGCGGGAAAGCGUACAGCAGCUCGACGUCACUGCAGGAACACGUGAGGACGCACACUGGGGAGAGACCCUAUGAAUGUCCGCACUGUGGGAAAGCCUUCAGCUGUCACUCCUCCCUUCAAGUACAUGUGAGAAAGCACAGCGGGGUGAAACCCUACGAAUGCAAGGAGUGUGGGAAAGCCUUCUGGUAUCCAGUAAACCUGCGGGCACACGUGAGGACGCACACUGGGGAGAGACCCUAUGAAUGUCAGCAGUGUGGGAAAGCCUACAGGUGUCCUGCAAACCUGCGGGUCCACGUGAGGACUCACACCGGGGAGAGACCGUAUGAAUGUCAGCAGUGUGGGAAAGCCUUCAGGUAUCCCGCAAACCUGCGAGCCCACGUGAGGACUCACACUGGGGAGAGACCCUAUGAAUGUCAGCAGUGUGGGAAGGCCUUCAGGUACCCCACAAACCUGCGAGCCCACGUGAGGACUCACACUGGGGAGAACUCUGAAUACAAGGAUUGUGGGAAAGCCUUCAUUUGUCCUUAAAAUCUUGUAAAGCCAAUCAGACACACUGCCAGGAAACCUUAUGAAUGUAAAGAAUGUUGGAAAACCUUCAGGUAUAGCACCUCAUAUAUUUUGUACAUAAAAACUCAGGGCUGGACAGCAGUCUUUAUUUGUUAUAAACAGUUGUGCCUCAUAAGUGCCUCGUCUAUAACAGGGAUCUCUAUUAUAUUUAUUUCCACUGCAUGUUGCUGAGAGGAACACCUAAGAUAAAAUAUUCCUCUGUGUGCCCUUUGUAUGAAAUAUAUUUUGUUAUCUCACACAGGAAAAGAUUGUAUAGUUAUAUAAAACUUAUCUCAUUUCCAUUACAAUGUCUUUGGGCCUCAGGGGUGAUAAGUGAUUUGUAAAUAUAUCUUGUCCUCCGUUGUGGAUACUGGAAAUUCCAACUCGGUAUCUACCCUUCCUUUCAGUCUUUGUGAUUGAAUGAUGUAUCUUCACAUUUGCUUGUCAAUGCUGUGUACCACACCUGUGCUCCACACAGAAAUUAGUAAAUGUGCAGGGAUGUUGAAA